AUGGGCAUGUUGAACAACCCCAUCUACCGCAUCAAGAUCCACCGAGAAGGCAGCAGGAUGUGGUUCGAGCAUCCAACUCAGGGCUCCAUGCCAGGUGGCUGGAUGACUGAUCAAGCAGGUCAGUUCAACGAAAAGUUUGCUACGCAGGCAACACCGGGGAAGACUGGCGUGGCUCCCUUGCGGCCCGUGGCUGCAGUGUGGAAGGGCGCCAAAAUAGACUCCGUGAGUGCUGCGGGCGCCAGUUCUGCCAGCCAAGCCGCGGCCUUCAAGCCUACCAAGGCAGGCAAGUUGGUGCAGUCCACAGAGGAGUGGCUUGCAGGAAUCAGCAUGGAUGAAGUUAAGAAGCAUGACAACGAGAAGAGCUGCUGGUUCGUCGUGAAGGGCAACGUCUAUGAUGGCACUCCUUAUCUGCAAGACCACCCUGGGGGAGCUUCCUCCAUCCUCCUUGCCGGUGGUCUCGAGUCCACCGAGGACUUUGAAGCAGUGCAUUCCUCACGCGCUUGGGAGAUGCUGAAGGACUACUACCUCGGCCCGUUGAAGGAAAUCGUUGUGAGCCACGACACCCGGAUCUUCCGCUUCAAGCUGCCUUCUCCGUCAAUGACGCUGGGACUUCCCACCGGCAUGCACAUGACACUGAAAGCCAAGGUGGAUGGCAAGCCGGUGAUGCGGGCGUACACGCCCAUGACAGAUGACAGCACCCUGGGUCAUGUGGACUUGCUGGUGAAAGUCUACUUCAAGGGCGUGCACCCGAGCUUUCCGGACGGUGGCAAGAUGUCUCAGCACUUGGAGAGCAUGAAGAUCGGUGACUCUAUCGAUGUCAAGGGACCCAUCGGUGAGUUUGUCUACAAAGGCCAGGGCCAAUGCCUUGUGAAUGGCAAGCCGCGCUCUGUCAGAGAGAUCUCCAUGAUCGCUGGCGGCACUGGCAUCACGCCAUGCUACCAGGUACUGGCAGCAAUCCUUCGGGACCCGCUGGACAAGACCACGGUACGACUCCUCUUCGCCAACCGGACACCCGAUGAUAUCCUUGCACGAGAUGUGCUGGAGGAGUUGGCAGCCAAGCACCCUGACCGCUUCAUGUUGAACUUCACCGUCGACAAAGUCCCUUCCGAAGACGAGAAUGUGAGCCCUUCCGGCGAGAAGAACUCUGCCUCGGCAUGGAAAGGUCACGUGGGCUUUGUAACUCCAGCCAUGACCAAGGCCUGUUUGUUUCCAGCCAGUGAGGACACGAUAUGCUUGAUGUGCGGGCCUCCGGUGAUGUUAGAGAAAGCUUGCCUUCCAGCCUUGCAAAGCAUGGGCUACGAGGAUUCCAACAUCUUCUCAUUCUGA